AUGCCAUCUCCAACAGCAGCCUUCCGCAAAGGCGCCAAUGCCCUUAUCACAGGCGGCGCAGGUGGUGUCGGCCUUGCCACAGCCAAGCUCUGCGCAUCCCAUUCCAUGAAUCUAAUCUUAGUCGACAACAACUCCUCCAAACUCGACGAAGCCAAGUCCGCCGUUUCUUCCGCCGGAGCUGGCCACGUGGAAACCCACAACCUCGAUGUCAGCUCGAUCCAAGACUGGCAAAAGCUCAAAUCCCACGUCGAGGAGGGUGGCAAGAAGCUCGAUUUCCUCCACCUCAAUGCCGGUAUUGGCCUCAAUGGCGACUGGACCGAUACAGGCUACUUCCACAAAAUCUUUGAAGUGAACUUCUUCGGCGCCAUAAAUGGAAUCAACACCUUCUUCCCACAUUUCCAGGACAACGAAUCCGAGCAAAAAGCCAUCGUCAUCACGGGGAGUAAACAAGGCAUCACGAACCCACCCGGAAACCCCGCUUACAACGCGUCGAAGAGCGCUGUCAAGACGAUUGCGGAGCACCUCUCCUUCGACCUCGCAAAGUCAUCUCCCAGUACCAGCGUGCAUCUGCUCGUACCAGGCUGGACUUUCACCGGUCUUACAGCCGCUCGCGGCGUGACGGAGAAACCUGCUGGUGCGUGGGCGCCAGAACAGGUAGCUGAUUAUCUCUAUCAGAAGAUGGGGGAAGGGAAGUUCUAUGCGAUUUGUCCUGAUAAUGAUGUUGAUUGGGAGACUGAUCGAAAGCGUAUGACGUGGACGAUGGGCGAUGUUGUAUAUGAGAGGAUGCCGCAGAGUCGGUGGAGAGACGAGUAUAAGGAGGAGGCGAACAAAACUAUGGAGGGCAUGAAGUUGGGUGCUAAGCAGGCAGAUUGA